AUGUACUUCCUGUGUAUUUUCACAGUAAAAGCAUCCUCCAGGAGUACUGUUAAAAGCAUCCUCCAGGAGUACUGUGAGAUCAGCAGUCUGCUGACGGAGGAGAUAGUUAAAGUUCAUCAGGAGAUUCGGCGGCCGUGGAGCAGAUCGACCAGCUGGCUGACGUGUCCGUCCCCCCCCCGCAGGUCUCCGGAGACUCCCGAGGCGAGCGUGGAGUUUGACGCGUCCCUAUUGGACGAGACGGACAACCUGCCGGCUGGCGAGAUCCUCUGGAACACGCUGACGGCCGACAGCCUGCAGGCUAUGUUGUCGUCGGCGACCGAGGAGCUGUCGCUGACUCAGCAGAAUCUGAGGACGAAGGAGGCGCUGGCCGACGACCUCGACACCAAAAUACAGACAGUCAACAGAGCACAGAGAGGAAGACUGUGUCCUGCUGCUCAGUCAGAAACUCUCUCUCUCGAGCUUCAUCACGCGUCCAAUCACUGCGCGGCUCUGAGGCCCGCCUGGCCUCCCAGAAGGCCCUGCGGACGCCAAGAUGGCGGACGCCGCCACCACUCCGCCCCGCCCCCAACUCCCCCAGCGCUGCCGUACGAAGACGACUCGCGCUCCGUCGGAUCCACGGAUAAAACUAAGGACAGGAGUUCUCGGUUCGACACUCUGCGUCAUCUUGCCGGAAUGAUCCGGUCUCCUAAAGCCAUGCUGGGCUCCUCCACCUCGCAGUUCUUCGAUGUGAUCCCGACCUCGGAGCGCCCGCUGGCCGACCAGGAGUGGUACCACGGCGCCAUCCCCCGCACCGAGGCACAGGAGUUGCUACGGCAACAGGGAGAGUUCCUGGUGAGGGAGAGUCACGGCAAACCGGGAGAGUACGUCCUGUCAGUGUUUUCAGACGAGCAGAGGAGACACUUCAUCAUCCAGUACGCUGAUGUAGGUACACACACACACACACACACACAUAUAUAUAUAUAUAUAUCGUACACAGACGCGUCGUCAAGGUAA